UUUAAAAAAAAAAAAAAUCCCUAAAAACGAAAAAGUUUUGAAACUCAGAAAGACGACGACAUAAGCGAGCUAGCUCUUAAGCUUUCUUCGCUAAAUUCUUGGCUAAUUCUCUUCAUCUCUUCUAUGACUGAUCCAAUUCUGCUUCGACUCCAUAUCUAGGGUUUUUGACGUCUGAUUAGAAAAUGUCUCGAGCUGAGUCAUCGUGGGAGAGGCUAGUGAGUGCUGCUUUACGGAGAGAUAGAACAGGAGGAGUUGCUGGUGGUAACCAAAGCAGUAUUGUUGGCUAUGUCCCUUCGUCACUAUCGAACAAUAGGGACAUAGAUGCCAUUCUGAGAGCUGCAGAUGAGAUCCAGGAUGAGGAUCCCAACAUUGCAAGGAUCUUAUGUGAGCAUGGUUACUCACUUGCUCAGAAUCUUGAUCCUAAUAGUGAAGGCAGAGGUGUUUUACAGUUCAAAACUGGAUUGAUGUCUGUUAUUAAGCAAAAAUUAGCAAAAAGAGAGGUUGGGAACAUAGACAGAAGUCAGGAUAUUCUCCGACUACAAGAAUUUUACAGGCUAUACAGAGAAAAGAACAAUGUUGACACGUUGAAGGAGGAGGAAAAGCAGCUCCGUGAGUCGGGGGCUUUCACUGACGAGCUGGAACGGAAAACAGUAAAAAGGAAAAGAGUUUUUGCCACCCUGAAAGUUCUGGGAAGUGUGUUGGAGCAAUUGGCAAAAGAGAUUCCUGAAGAGCUGAAGCAUGUUAUUGAUUCAGAUGCUGCAAUGAGUGAAGACACAAUUGCAUAUAACAUUAUUCCUCUUGAUGCUCCUGUCACGACAAAUGCCACUACUACUUUCCCUGAGGUUCAAGCUGCAGUUGCAGCAUUGAAGUAUUUUCCAGGCUUGCCUAAAUUGCCUGCUGACUUCCCCAUUCCCGUUACAAGGAUUGCUGAUAUGCUUGAUUUUCUCCACUAUAUAUUUGGGUUUCAGAAAGACAGUGUCUCGAAUCAGCGUGAACAUAUAGUUCUUCUUCUGGCUAAUGAGCAAUCCCGUCUUAAUAUUCCAGAAGAAACAGAACCUAAACUGGAUGACGCUGCAGUGCAUAAGGUGUUCUUAAAGUCCCUGGAAAACUACAUUAAGUGGUGUGAUUACCUCUGUAUUCAACCUGCGUGGAGCAAUUUAGAAGCCAUCAGUGGAGAGAAGAAACUGCUAUUCCUCUCUUUGUACUUCCUGAUUUGGGGAGAAGCUGCCAACAUACGGUUUCUUCCAGAAUGUUUGUGCUACAUAUUCCACCAUAUGGUUAGAGAAAUGGAUGAGAUCCUACGCCAGCAGGUUGCUCGCCCAGCUGAGAGUUGUAUGCCAGUCGAUAGUCGUGGCUCUGAUGAUGGUGUAUCAUUCCUUGAUCAUGUCAUUGCUCCGCUGUAUGGAGUGGUUUCAGCGGAAGCUUUUAACAAUGACAAUGGCCGAGCACCUCAUUCAGCUUGGAGAAACUAUGAUGAUUUCAAUGAAUAUUUUUGGUCGCUUCAUUCCUUUGAGCUUGGUUGGCCAUGGCGUACCAGUUCAUCUUUCUUUCAGAAACCUAUACCGAGAAAAAAGUAUGAGCUUAAAACCGGCAGGGCAAAACAUCGAGGAAAAACUUCCUUUGUUGAGCACCGGACAUUUUUGCAUCUCUACCACAGUUUCCAUCGGUUAUGGAUAUUUCUUGCUAUGAUGUUUCAGGCAUUAGCCAUAAUUGCGUUCAAUAAAGAUGACCUUACUUCCACAAAGACAUUACGUGAAAUUCUCAGCCUGGGUCCGACUUUUGUAGUGAUGAAGUUUUCUGAGAGUGUUCUGGAUGUUAUCAUGAUGUAUGGUGCCUACUCUACAACAAGACGUCUGGCUGUUUCUCGCAUUUUUCUUCGUUUCAUUUGGUUUGGCCUUGCUUCCGUCUUCAUCUCUUUCCUCUAUGUGAAAGCACUUAAAGAACCAAAUUCUGACUCACCCAUAUUUAAGCUUUAUUUGAUCGUCAUAGCCAUCUAUGGUGGUGUUCAGUUCUUCUUUAGUAUUCUGAUGCGCAUCCCAACUUGUCACAACAUUGCUAAUAAAUGUGAUCGGUGGCCCGUUAUUCGAUUCUUUAAGUGGAUGCGCCAGGAGAGACACUAUGUUGGGCGUGGCAUGUAUGAAAGGACAUCUGAUUUUAUAAAGUACUUGCUAUUUUGGCUUGUCGUUCUGUCUGCAAAGUUUUCGUUUGCGUACUUUCUUCAGAUUGAGCCGCUUGUUAGCCCCACAAGGAUGAUAGUGAAACAGAACAAUAUUCCGUACUCGUGGCAUGAUUUUGUGUCAAGAAAAAACUACAAUGCGCUGACUGUUGCCAGUUUAUGGGCUCCUGUGGUAGCUAUAUACCUGUUAGACAUCCAUAUAUUCUACACCAUUGUCUCUGCAUUUUUGGGGUUCUUGCUUGGUGCAAGAGAUCGUUUGGGGGAGAUAAGAUCUUUGGAAGCAAUUCACAAACUCUUUGAGGAGUUUCCAGGGGCCUUUAUGAGGGCUCUUCAUGUUCCUCUUACCAAUCGGACGUCUGAUACUUCUCAUCAGGCUGUGGAUAAGAACAAAGUAGAUGCAGCACACUUUGCUCCUUUUUGGAACCAAAUAAUUAAAAGUUUACGAGAGGAAGACUACAUCACUGAUUUUGAGAUGGAGUUGCUCUUGAUGCCCAAGAAUUCUGGUAGGCUCGAAUUGGUUCAAUGGCCACUUUUUCUUCUUUCGAGCAAGAUAUUAUUGGCCAAAGAGAUUGCUGCUGAGAGUAAUUCGCAAGAGGAGAUUCUGGAGAGAAUUGAAAGGGAUGACUAUAUGAAGUAUGCUGUUGAGGAAGUCUAUCACACUCUCAAACUUGUCCUAACCGAAACUCUGGAAGCCGAAGGGAGGAUGUGGGUGGAAAGAAUCUUUGAUGAUAUCAAGGCCAGCUUAAAGGAGAGAAAUAUACAUCAUGAUUUUCAGUUGAACAAGCUCUCCCUUGUUAUCACGAGAGUGACUGCAUUCUUGGGAAUCCUGAAAGAAAAUGAAACACCGGAGCAUGAAAAAGGGGCCAUCAAAGCACUUCAGGAUCUCUACGAUGUUAUGCGGCUUGACAUAUUGACUUUUAAUAUGAGGGGUCAUUAUGAAACGUGGAACAUAUUAACUCAAGCCUGGAAUGAAGGUCGGCUUUUUACAAAAUUGAAAUGGCCUAAAGAUCCUGAGAUGAAAGCUCUCGUCAAAAGAUUGUACUCUUUAUUUACUAUCAAAGAUUCUGCAGCGCAUGUUCCUAGAAAUCUUGAGGCCAGACGCAGACUGCAAUUCUUCACCAAUUCUCUUUUCAUGGAUGUGCCACCACCUAAGUCUGUCCGCAAGAUGUUAUCCUUCAGUGUCUUCACUCCAUACUAUUCCGAGGUUGUGCUAUACAGCAUGGCUGAACUCACCAAGAGAAAUGAGGAUGGAAUAUCAAUCCUGUUUUACCUUCAGAAAAUAUAUCCAGAUGAGUGGAAAAAUUUUCUUGCACGCAUAGGACGGGAUGAAAAUGCGUUAGAAGGCGAUCUAGAUAAUGAAAGAGACAUAAUUGAACUUCGAUUUUGGGCCUCUUACCGUGGACAAACGUUAGCUAGAACAGUUCGCGGGAUGAUGUAUUAUAGGAAAGCCCUCAUGCUUCAGUCUUAUCUGGAGAGAAAGGCUGGAAGAGACGAUGAGGACGCAACAGACGCUGAAGGCUUUGAGUUAUCUCCAGAAGCAAGGGCCCAGGCAGAUCUGAAGUUUACAUAUGUCGUCACAUGCCAGAUAUAUGGAAGACAGAAAGAAGAUCAAAAACCUGAAGCUGUUGACAUUGCAUUGCUAAUGCAAAGAAAUGAAGCCCUUCGCAUUGCUUAUAUUGAUGUUGUUGAUACUCCAAAAGAGGGUAAAUCUCAUACGGAAUAUUAUUCAAAACUUGUGAAGGCCGACAUCAGUGGAAAAGAUAAGGAAAUUUACUCCAUAAAGUUGCCUGGGGACCCAAAACUUGGCGAAGGCAAACCUGAGAAUCAAAACCAUGCCAUUGUGUUUACUCGUGGAAAUGCUAUCCAAACUAUUGAUAUGAAUCAGGAUAAUUAUUUUGAAGAAGCCUUAAAGAUGAGAAAUCUUUUGGAGGAAUUUGACCGGGACCAUGGAAUUCGACCACCUACCAUUCUUGGAGUUAGGGAACACGUCUUUACUGGAAGUGUCUCCUCAUUGGCCUCUUUCAUGUCCAAUCAAGAAACCAGCUUUGUAACUCUAGGUCAACGAGUAUUGGCGAAACCCUUAAAGAUCCGCAUGCAUUAUGGUCAUCCAGAUGUCUUUGACAGAGUUUUUCAUAUUACACGUGGUGGUAUCAGCAAGGCCUCUCGAGUCAUCAAUAUUAGUGAAGAUAUUUUUGCUGGUUUCAACACAACUCUACGUCAAGGGAAUGUUACUCAUCAUGAGUAUAUUCAGGUGGGCAAAGGGCGAGAUGUUGGGCUCAAUCAAAUAGCUCUGUUUGAAGGGAAGGUUGCUGGUGGCAAUGGUGAACAGGUUCUUAGUCGAGAUGUAUACAGACUUGGCCAGCUCCUUGAUUUCUUCCGAAUGAUGUCAUUCUUCUUUACAACCGUUGGCUUCUAUUUAUGUACAAUGUUGACAGUGCUUACUGUGUAUAUUUUCUUAUAUGGGAGGGCAUAUCUGGCACUUUCUGGAGUUGGAGCUACUAUUCGAGAGAGAGCUAUUCUUCUGGAUGACACUGCACUUAGCGCCGCCUUGAAUGCUCAGUUUCUGUUUCAGAUUGGUGUCUUCACUGCUGUACCAAUGGUUUUGGGGUUUAUUUUGGAACAGGGUUUUCUCCAGGCCAUCGUCAGUUUCAUAACAAUGCAAUUUCAGCUAUGUACUGUCUUCUUCACAUUUUCCCUUGGCACAAGAACCCAUUAUUUUGGACGGACAAUUCUCCAUGGUGGUGCAAGGUACCAAGCCACUGGAAGAGGCUUCGUCGUGAAGCAUAUCAAAUUUUCUGAAAACUACCGUCUUUAUUCCAGAAGUCAUUUUGUCAAAGGGAUGGAAGUUAUUCUCUUAUUGGUUGUCUACCUUGCAUAUGGCAAUGAUGAAGCUGGUGCGGUUUCCUACAUUCUUCUGACUGUGAGCAGCUGGUUUUUGGCUGUUUCCUGGCUGUUUGCUCCGUACCUGUUCAACCCUGCCGGAUUUGAGUGGCAGAAAGUCGUGGAGGACUUCAAAGAAUGGACAAAUUGGCUCUUUUACAGAGGUGGAAUUGGUGUGAAAGGAGCUGAAAGCUGGGAAGCAUGGUGGGAAGAAGAAAUGUCUCACAUUCGGACCUUGAGUGGGAGAAUAAUGGAGACUAUUUUAAGUCUACGAUUCUUUCUACGAUUCUUUAUCUUCCAGUAUGGUAUUGUCUACAAACUGCAGCUACAAGGAUCAGAUACAUCAUUUGCGGUGUACGGUUGGUCAUGGGUUGCAUUUGCGAUGAGUAUAGUACUUUUCAAGGUCUUUACCUUCAGCCAGAAGAUUUCUGUCAAUUUCCAGCUUUUGCUGAGGUUUAUACAAGGUCUAUCCUUAUUGAUGGCUCUAGCUGGCAUAAUCGUAGCAGUUGUGCUCACAAAGUUGUCAGUGACAGACAUAUUUGCAUGCGUAUUGGCUUUUAUACCGACAGGAUGGGGCAUUCUUUCUAUUGCGUGUGCUUGGAAGCCAGUUUUAAAGCGAAUGGGGAUGUGGAAAUCGAUCCGUUCCCUAGCAAGGCUAUAUGAUGCAUUAAUGGGAAUGCUCAUAUUUCUUCCCGUUGCUCUCUGCGCGUGGUUCCCUUUUGUGUCGACCUUCCAGACACGUAUGAUGUUUAACCAAGCUUUCAGCCGCGGUCUGGAGAUCUCUCUUAUCCUUGCAGGAGACAAUCCCAAUUCUGGUCUUUAAAAUUUCAUUUAGCUUGGCAUUAUGGAAGUGUUGUUAUUUAUAUGUUUAUGUUUCUCAUACAUUUAUUUGUGUUUAGUUUUCCGAGUAUAGUAGUAGAAAAUGAUGGGAGCGUAUCUGUAGUUUUAGGCAUUUUUUAAGACUUUUGUAACACAUAACCUAGAAUCUUCAAGUUAUUACGUAAAAAUGCCUUCGGAAAAAA